AUGUUCAUUACAGUCUGCCAUAUUGUUACGCAAUCCUCAUUCCCUAGCUCUUAUCACAAUCUCCCUCUUGCCAAAUACUCCAUUUCACAUCGAACCCUGGCCAACCGUUUCAUCCACCUCACCAACUAUUCAAUUAAUCGGCUCAACUCGGAGUACGUCAGCAACAACAGCGACAAAUCAACCAAGGGGCACAAGUGGAGUUUGCAGGCACUUUGGAACUUCUUUCGUACUCAAGGCGUGGACGCCGAGCUCGUCUGGGCCGACAUCAAAGACCUCGUCGUGAAGACGAUACUCUCCACAGAGGCCUCGUUAGUGUCGGCUGUCAACGCCAAUUGUCGAGUGCAGAGGUCGAUUCACGAAAUCUUCGGAUUCGACGUCAUCCUCGACGAAAAUCUGCGCCCUUGGUUGCUGGAGGUCAAUGUCUCGCCGAGGUUAGUCCGUCCAACCUCGUCGCCGUCAGCUUCGGCUCUUCUCGCCGUCGUGUAG